AUGACAACCAGAGGUAGUCCGGAGAAAGAAGAAUCCUGCACCAGGUUUUGUCAGUACAUCGAGGACAACAGCCUUCGCACAUACGAUGGCCUGGUGAUCCAGAACGCCUCGGACAUCGCCCGGGAACAUGACCGUGUACGGAAUGAAACCAACUGGGCCUAUCUGCAGGAAAAACACCAGAAGAAGAGAUGGCAGGAUGAAGCUGUUAGGAGGAUUGGCGAUGAUGUUACCAUGGCGACGGAGUCGUCCUACUCGGGGAAGCACUUUCGGAUGGGGUUCAUGACCAUGCCGGCUUCCCAGGAGAGGCUUCCCGCCCCCUGCAGUCAGGGCUUCACCGUGCGCUCCCAGUCCCUCCACUCGGUGGGCGGAGGAGACGAUGACCCCAACGCCCGCAAGCACCCGCCCCCUAAACCCAAGAGAGACCCAAACACCAGGCUCAGCACGAGCUCUGAGGCCGUUAACGGGGGACCGGGAACCUCGGACGACUCCCUAGAGAUCCUGGAAGCCAGGGGUAAGUUCCAGCCUUACAAUGACGAGAGCAAGAAGAUGCCACCUCCCAAACCAAAACGAGACCCCAACACUCAGCUUAGUACAUCCUUUGACGAGUCUUACAUCGUUUACAACCAUGGCAACAAAAAGUCUUCUUUGCCAAGGGACAAAGGUUCUACUCGAAGCCAGAGUCCACUAUCCAGAGACACUGAUGGGGAGGAGCCUGUUUACAUUGAGAUGGUGGGGAACAUCCACAGAGACCUCAGGGGCCAAGAGGCCCCGGAAGAUGACCAGAGUGAGGGUGUUUAUGAGGAGAUGAAGUACACCAUGUUGGAUGAACUCAUGCAGGACUCCAAAUGGGACAACAGUUGCCAGACGGUCGUACUGGAGCCAGACUUUUUGUUCCCUCCCCAGGGAUCUCUCUCUGAUAUCCCCGCACCUUUCCCCAAUCUCCUAACCCACCGCCCCCCUCUCCUUGUCUUCCCCCCGGCUCCUGCACAGUGCUCACCAAACUCUGACGAGUCUCCGCUCACUCCCUUAGAAGUCACCAGACUGCCCAUGUUGGAACAUGUGGGUGUCGCCCCUGAGACACCGAAGAAGUCGUCCCACCGCCGUAAAAGCAAAGACAGGGAGAGAGACACCAUCACCCCGUCUGGCCGUUCAUCUGCUCCACCACUUGCCUCCAACCUCUAUAAUUCAUCUGGCCCCUCCCACAGUGGUCAGGGUUACCCCCGCAGCCAUUCGGCAUGUCCCUCCCCUGUCAGCAUGGGACGCUGCCUCACCCCUCUCACUUUAAAGCGCCCUCCCCCUUAUGAUAGUUUGAUGGCAGGAGGAAGCAUGCCACGCUCGCAUAAGUCCCAAGAUGGAGCUAAUAAACUCCAUAACUCCAACUCUGCCAACGGCUCGCUGCAAAAUGUUUCUGCAAGGUCGCGAACCCCAACAAGCCCCUUGGAGGAAGAGAAGGUGGGGGGAGCCAUGAGACGUAUUUCUGAUGGACACCAAUGCAGCAUUCGUGUAACUUUAACUCUAUUCUCUGCAGCAGAGUCCAGGACUGGGUGCAGACUGGGACGCUCAGCAUCCACAUCGGGAGUGCCCACCCCAGGUGGGACGCCUCAACGCUCCACCCCACAUCCGGCCCUCAGCCAGAUGCCGUGGAUUUGUGGCGAUGCUACUAUGAUGCAGAUGAUCGAGAAGAAGAGAGUUCUGUGUGGAGAAAUCAAGUGUCGUCAGGGAACAGAGAAGAGCCUGUAUAAGCAGGACAGCAUGCCCAUCUUGCCCAGUUGGAAGAGAAGGCAGCCUCCACCCUACCCUUCUACCAAAACUGCUGUCAUCUGGGAUACUGCUAUAUGA